UUUUAUUUUUCAUGCAACCGAAAGGCUGACGGCGUCCCGUGGAACAGCGAGGACAAGGCAGUGGAUGGGGAGCGGGGUCCUUCUUCUCUUUCCUAUCACCACACCACAGGACGGUCGAAAGCUCUUUCUGAGGUUCUCCCAAUCGGCUGGACCACAUUCCGUCGCAUCGCAAUGAGUCGCCUCAUUCGAGUAUCCAGAGCCCUGGGUCAUGGCGCUCUCCCCCUUCACAGACCAUUCUCCAUCUCUCUGGCUCGGUCAAGUCCAACUCCGACUCUGACUGCACUCAGCUCCACUACCGCCACACAACCUCAUCCCGUCGUCCCUUCAAAAGCUUAUCAGCCAUCUACUGAAUCCGUGUUCACGCCCCUCGAUACCUUCUUACCACGCCAUGUGGGCCCGAGAUCAAACGAUGUCCAGGAAAUGCUCAGUGUCUUGGGGUACAAGUCGUUGGAUGAAUUCGUCGACGCAACGAUCCCAAAGAAUGUCAGAGUCGACGAGCUCACCAAUGAAGACGACGGUAAAGGUUUGAGAGCUUGGAGCGAGUUGGAACUGAGGCGAAGAGCCGAAGAGGUCGCCGCGAUGAAUAAAGGCAUGAAGAGCUACAUCGGCAUGGGCUACCACAACGCCAUCGUCCCGCCGGUCAUUCAACGAAACAUCCUCGAAAACCCCGCAUGGUACACUGCCUACACGCCAUACUCUCCCGAACAGUCUCAAGGUCGACUCGAAUCGCUCAUCAACUUUCAAACCAUUGCCAUCUCCUUGACCGGACUGCCCAUCGCAAACGCUUCAUUACUGGACGAAUCUACCGCCGCCGCUGAGGCCAUGGCUAUGUGCUUGGCUUCUGUACCCAAGCCCAAAUUUUCAAAGGGCAAAAACGUCUUCCUCGUCUCUCCCACUGUCUCUCCUCAGACGUUGGCAGUGCUUGAAACGCGAGCCAGUGGAUUCGGUAUCGAGCUCAAAAUCGCCUCGAGUAACGCUGAUUUCGGGGCUGAAGUCGAAGCACUCGGAUCCGACAGACUGAUGGGCACGCUCGUGCAGUACCCCGAUGUCAACGGAGAGAUCCUGGACUGGUCAUUGGUCGCUGAGAAAGUCAAGGCUGCAGGCGCAAAGACAGUUGUGGCUUCUGAUCUCUUGGCAUUGACCAUGUUGAAACCGCCGGGCGAGUGGGGCGCCGAUAUAGUGUGUGGAAACAGUCAACGAUUUGGAGUUCCCGUAGGCUACGGUGGACCUCAUGCCGCCUUCUUCGCCUGCACGGAUGAUAUGAAACGAAAGAUGCCCGGGAGAUUGGUUGGCUUGAGCAAGGAUUCCAGCGGAGCUCCGGCGUAUCGACUCGCACUUCAAACGAGAGAGCAACAUAUUCGACGGGAAAAGGCGACUUCAAACGUCUGUACUGCUCAAGCUCUCUUGGCCAACAUGGCGGCGAUGUACGCCGUUUACCACGGUCCUGAAGGCUUGCGUCGAAUUGCUGGCAAGGUCCACUCUCUCACUCGCGUCUUGGCCAAGGUUCUCGAAUCCAACGGCUUCUCCAUCACCAACAAGACGUACUUUGACACCUUGACCGUCGACGUGACCACGGCUGGAAUCUCCUCUCAGGUCAUCCACGCCACAUCUGUUCAGGCGGGCAUCAACUUUCGCCGGAUCGAUGACAAGACGAUUGGGAUUACCCUGGACGAGAGUGUGGGACCUCUCGAUUUGACCGACAUCGUCAACGUCUUUUACAAGGCACUCGGGAAAUCGACGAUUGAGCCUCCCGCCCUCGAAGCUGUCGCUCAAGAACUCGAGUUGUCAUCUUCCAACCUCACGGCACCUCUUCAGGGCUCUUUGGCCAGGACCACCGAUUUCCUCCCUCAGACCGUGUUCAACAAGCAUCACUCGGAGACUGACAUGUUGCGAUACAUGAUGCACCUGCAGGAAAAGGAUUAUUCCUUGGUCCAUGGAAUGAUUCCCCUCGGUUCGUGUACGAUGAAACUCAACUCGACUUCCUCCAUGGUGCCACUGUCUUGGAAGGAGUUUGGUGGUAUUCAUCCAUUUGCUCCCGUUGACCAAGCACGAGGAUAUGAGACUCUGAUAAAGGAGCUCGAGUCUGAUCUAUCCCUGGUCACUGGGUACGAUGCGACAUCGGUCCAGCCCAACUCGGGAGCGUCAGGUGAAUAUGCAGGUCUCAAGGUCAUCCAGGCGUACCAUGAAUCAAAGGGCCAAGGUCACCGAGACAUCUGCUUGAUCCCUCUCUCGGCUCACGGUACCAACCCUGCGUCCGCCGCCAUGGUCGGAUACAAGGUCGUGCCGAUCAAGGCUCUUCAGGACGGAUCCUUGGAUCUGAAUGAUCUGAGGGCCAAAGCUGAGCAACACAAGGAUCAACUCGCGUCUUUCAUGGUCACCUAUCCUUCGACCUUUGGCGUCUUUGAGGAGGGCAUCGAGGAAGCCUGCGAUAUCGUGCAUAAAAACGGCGGACAAGUCUACGUUGACGGAGCCAAUUGUAACAGUUUGAUCGGUCUCACUAGUCUCGGUCGCGUCGGUGGAGAUGUCAGUCACACCAACUUGCACAAGACGUUCUCUAUCCCUCAUGGUGGUGGUGGACCAGGAGUCGGACCCAUCUCUUGCAAAGCCCAUCUCGCUCCUUUCCUCCCGACCCAUCCGAUCAUCCCUACCGGAGGGACUUCGCCCAUCUCUGCAGUGUCUGCUGCACCCUACGGGUCAGCCAGCAUCAACACCAUCUCUUGGGCUUAUAUCAAGAUGCUCGGUGGUAAAGGACUCACCGAGGUAUCCAAGAUCGCCCUCCUCAAUGCCAACUACAUUGCCGAGCGUCUUCGACCUUACUACAACAUUCGAUUCAAGAAUGCAAACGGGCGUGUGGCCCACGAGUGUUUGAUCGAUCUGGCGGAAUUUGAGAAAUCUGCCGGUCUCAAAGUUGCAGACUUUUCAAAGAGACUGCAAGAUUACUCAUUCCAUCCUCCAACGGCUCAAUGGCCCAUCUCUACAUGCUGGUUGAUUGAGCCUACCGAGUCUGAACCGAAACACGAACUCGACAGGUUCAUCGACGCGCUCAUCUCUAUUCGAAAGGAAGCCGAUGAGAUUGCCUCGGGGGCUCAGCCAAAGGAGAACAAUGUAUUCAAGAAUGCACCGCAUCCAUUGUCAAAGAUCAUGACGGAGACUUGGGACAAGCCGUACUCCAAGGAGAAGGCUGUCUGGCCGGUUCCGAGCUUGAAGAGGUCCAAGUUCUGGCCCACAGUCGGACGUGUCGAUGAUGCUGCCGGAGAUCUCAACCUCGUCUGCGAGUGUGGUACCGUGGAGGAGUACGCUUAGGCUAUUUGUUUAUCUGUAAAACCGGGUCCUCAUCGGCCUUCAUCAAGUCUCAUACCUGCAAUAAACGCUUGUGAACCGCAGUU